UUACGUUCUUGUUGCGAGUUUCCAGUAAAACUUAGUUCAGCAGGGGAGUCAUUGUACCUCCAACCGUCCUCCUCGGAAACACCUGCAGGGGUGGGAUUGUUCAGCAGUCCUUCUAACGUUUCCUCAGCAGCUACUCUUUCACGCCUCCCAUUCUUCUGCCUCUUCAGGUGCACAUAAACACCUGACCGUCUCUUGUUCUGCCGGAGAUCCACGGCGAUGGCUUCUAUGGGGUUGCAGAUGGCCGGCUUCGCCCUGGCCCUGUUCGGCUGGAUCGGGGUGCUCGUCGUGUGCGCCACACCCAUGUGGCGUGUCACCGCCUUCAUCGGCAGCAACAUCGUGACUUCUCAGACCGUGUGGGAGGGCAUCUGGAUGAGCUGCGUGGUCCAGAGCACGGGGCAGAUGCAGUGUAAGGUGUACGACUCCACCUUGGCUCUGACCACAGACCUCCAGGGGGCCCGAGCUCUGGUGGUGGUUUCCAUCAUCAUCGGCAUCACAGGACUCCUCGUUGCUUUUGUUGGAGGGAAGUGCACCAACUUCAUCCCAGAGGAGGGGGCCAAGGCGAGGGCGUCUGUGGCGGCUGGAGCCAUGCUGAUGGUCGGCGGGAUUCUCUGCCUCGUUCCCGUUUGCUGGACCGCCAGCAUCAUCAUACGGGACUUCUACAACCCUCUGGUCGCAGAAGCACAGAAAAGAGAGAUGGGGGCCUCCCUUUACGUGGGCUGGGGCGCAUCAACGUUGCUGCUCAUUGGCGGGGGUCUUCUGUGUGCCAGCUGCCCCCCCAAAGAGGAAGCCGCUCCCUCUGUGAACUAUCUCCUCAACAGACCUGCAGAAAGAAGCAAAGCAGACUCGUACGGAUCCGACACGCCGACCAAGACGUACAUCUGAACCCGAGUGUGAAGUUCAAGAAGAAUGGGACUCAAACCCGCAGCGAAGGAAAUCUGCACUUUGAAUGAAUCCUUUUACUGUUCAGACCUUAAAUCUGAUCUUCAUCCCAUCUGUGUUUGAAUGUUUGUAAGUUUCAGCCGACUAAAGAUUAAAGCAUCUUUUAUUGUCCGUUAAGAAACUUGUCAGCUUUUGAAAAUCGCAGCUGAGGUGUUUUAAUCCAGCCAGAACCGGUUUAUCGGACUACCAGGAAUCUAAGGCGGUGUCUCGGGAGAUCACAGCCCCGCCGGCCCGUGGGAGUCCGGCAGAGAACAACCUGUUCCUCAGAGAUCCUCUCAGCAGUUUGAAAAAUGAAACGGGAAUUUAUUUGUUCACUUGAUGUCAAACUUUCUGCUCAGGAUCCAGAAGAAAAAACACCGUUUCUGCUUUAAAGGCUGAGUUUUGAAAUGAGAACACUUUUAGUUCCCAACCUGCCUGAUAGGAGUUUUUAUCAGGAAGGAAGAUUCAAAUCAACACUGGAACAAAAUAUUUUCAUUCAGUCAAAAAUUAAAAAUAUUCCAAUAAAAAAAACCGGGAAAAUAAAUCAGUUUGUCAGAGAAAUCCCACCGACGGGACCUUUUAUUCGUCUCUGUAGACACGUUACAUUCGUGGAAAUCCUAUUUUAAAUCAAACUCAGAAACGUAAGCAGCACAGGCAUGCAGCGAUGAGUCCUGUUCAACCCUCGAUGUCUACACACAGAAAGGAAAGCUAUGAGUAU